GGGAGGAAAACGGAAAAAAGGAGCACAGAACUCUAGAGCUACGUCCAGACGAAUGUGAGGUCUGAGAGGUGAGAGAUGUGAUAGAAAAUUGCUGCUAGCACAUGAAUUUCCUGCAGAACGUCCCUUUCCACCAGCACCAGCAUGCAGAACAACUACUCCCUGGCUGUCACCACCAGAGAAACUCUUCAAGCCCUCUCUACAGCACUGACAAACUCGUCGGCUGUGUUACUCUCGCCCCCUCCCUGCCCUCUUACCUCUUCAGAUUAUCAGUUUUCACUGAUUCCAGCACUCUUCUCUGUGGUUUUUGUUGUGGGAUUGAUUGGCAACAGUGUGGUGGUUGGGGUGCUUUGUCGUCACACUAGUUCCAAAACAGUUGCUAAUAUUUACAUUUUCAACCUGGCCAUGGCAGAUCUGCUGUGCCUUGCUACCCUUCCCUUCUGGGCCACCUACUAUGCCCAGGGAUACAACUGGCUCUUUGGGUCUCUCAUGUGCAAGAUAUCCAGUUCUGUCCUGUGCUUGAACAUGUUUGCAAGUAUUUUUUUCAUUACGUGCAUGAGUGUGGACCGGUACCACGCCAUUGUCCAUCCUAUUCACUCCCAAAGAAGGACUCUACAACAAGCUUAUUUUGUAGCAUCGGUUGUGUGGGGCCUUGCCUGUUUGUCCUCCCUCCCAACUUUUUAUUUCCGAGACACUUACUACAUCGAAAGCUUGGGGGUCAAGGCUUGCAUUAUGGCCUUUCCUUAUGAGAAUUAUGCAAAAUGGUCUGUGGCAACAGCCUUCCUGAAAAAUGCCCUCGGCUUCUUCAUCCCCUUGACAGUGAUCACCACCUGCUACAUCUGGAUCAGGAGGCACUUGCUUAAAGCACGGGAGUUUCGGAAAAGAAAGCAGAAGAGGGACAAAGUGCUAAAGCUGGUUGCUGCUGUUGUUGUGGCCUUCUUAAUUUCCUGGCUUCCAUUCCACAUUUUAACCUUUUUGAAUGCCUUGGCUCAUAUGAACAUCAUUAACAGCUGUGACGUGAUAGGGAUCAUUGACACGGCACUGCCCUUUGGCAUCUGCAUGGCAUUUGCCAACAGCUGCAUCAACCCUUUGCUGUACUGCUUCAUUGGGAACCAGUUCCAGCAGAAGCUCCAUCGCUUGUUUAAGAGACGAGUUUAUCAGUUCAACAGCCAUCGAGAAAGCUCCUCUUCAAGGAAGGGCAGCUGCUUCAGAGAAACUGAGACUGCCAUGGGCAGGGAAAGAGAACCUGAGUCCUUCCUGUAGGCUCUGGGGCAU